AUGAAGCUCUCCUCAACCCUCGCCAUCUUUGGCACCGCGGCUGCUGCCCUGGCAGCGGACCAGCAGGCCAUGGACAACGCCGCCCCUGCCGGGCACCGCAUCCCGACCAGCCAGGAGUCGGCCGUCAUGGGCCGUCGCAUUCUGGCCCUGGGCAAAAUCGCCGACAUGGUCACCGUCUUCCCCACCAAGUCCAAGUCGGCCGCCUCCCGCCGCGCCGCCUCGGCCAACAACGGCGUGGAGGGUCAGCCCGUCGGCAUGGCGGACUACGUCGCCGACUGCGAGUCCAAGGGGGAGCCGACCAUCCUGGAAAUCAAGAUCGGCACCACCUUCCGCAACGUCGCCGCCGGCUCCAACCUGACCAUCUCGAUGCGCUGGGAGCCCCCGUACCCGCCCGCCAAGCGCAUCGGCGUCGUCAAGCGCUCCAUGUCCACCUUCCUCUCGUGGUUCGGCCGCAGGGGCGAGCAGCCCACCCCCAACCCGGUGGACGCCAGCAUCCCCGACACGACACCCUACUCGGCCGACAACCUGCCGCGCUUCUCCCUCUUUGGCUACCUGGAGCCGCUCGAGGGCGACGCCGCCACGAUGGAGCACAUCAAGGACUGCUACGUCAAGAAGCACCCGGACGCCAAGCUGUGGCUGCCCGGCAACAACAUUCACUCGAGCGAGUGGGCCCGCAUGGUCGUCACCAAGGUGUACUGGGUUGGCGGCUUCGGCGACCGCGCCUACAUUGGUUGGAUCCCGGUCGAGGAGUGGAAUGCCGUCACUGAGGCCGAGUGGAGGGCCAUCAAGCUGCCCGGCGAGACCAAGGACUGGUCCGAGUGGAACGCGUAUGAUAACCAGGAACUGUAA